AAUCAGGCCUAUCCGCAUCCCCACACCUUUGGCCUUACGUCGCACGUUCUAUGUACAAGACGAGUUCCUUGAGAGGUUCAGACAUCCAAGGCAUGCGGUUGUAGUUUUGCGCACGCUUGACACGUUGGAAGUGCGAUGCCAUUGUUCGUCUAGCCAAACAUUAGUGGAGAUAUCGUCACCUUUACGGCGUAGGGAGAGGAUUCCCAUGGCUAGCAGGGCAGCCCCGUCCAGUGGCAGGCAGGGCGCAGAAGCACGUGUAGACCCGGGGCAAACGAAGGCGCAACACCAUCAACCAACAUUACUUAAACUGCCAUCACAAAAGCGUGCUGCCUUGUUUGAUUCGGAGGAUUUCGACCCCACAAGGCUCGUCAACCAGCUCUAUCCCGACGAGGCAAGCCUAACAGAUCUGGAUAAGUUUGUAAUGGCUCUGAAGAAACAGAUUUGUCAAGUGGACCAGGAAAUCUACAACGCUGUGAGAUCUCAAGGCGGAGCGCAUGCCCGUGCCAGGCAGGACCUUACGGUGGCUCACGGUCAGGUCAUGGAGCUGUUCACAAAGAUCCGCGACAUCCAACGGAAGAGCGAGGAGAGCGAGGCCAUGGUGCAGGAGAUCUGCCGCGACAUCAAGAAGCUCGACUUUGCCAAAAAACACCUCACAAACUCGAUCACCGCGCUGCGUCGCCUGGCCAUGCUCACGGCGGCAGUGACAGACCUGGAGACGGCGUGUGACCGGCGCGACCAGUACCGCAAGUGCGCCAACCUGAUGGAGGCGGUGCACCAGCUAAUGGAGUACUUCCAGCAGUACGAGGCCAUCCCCAAGGUGCGCUCCCUGGCUCGCCGGCUGGCAGCGGUGGAGUCCCGGUUGCAGUCUGCCGUACUGGACGACUUUAAGAUUUUAAUGGGCGGCCCUGCCAAUGACGGCCUCAAGAUGCCGCCGGAGAACCUGGACCGGCUGGCCACGGCGUGCCUGGUGGUAGAUGCGCUGGGGAAGAAGGUUCAGGACCAGGUCAUGGACUGGCUCUGCGACCGCGAGGUGAGCAUCUACCAGACGGCCUUUGGAGGCGCCGCGGGCAUAGGCACCGUGUCUGUGGCCGCUGCGGACGACCGGGGGGCGGCGGAGGUGGCGGCGCAUGCCACACGGCUGGACAAGUUCGAGCGGCGCUUCGCAUGGUUCCGUGCGAGGCUGGAGGAGAAGGGCGAAGUGUGGGGCGUCUUCCCACGGCGCUGGCGCGUGCCGCAGGUGCUGUGCCUCACAUUUUGCAAGAUCACCAAAGCGCAUCUGAAGCGCAUUCUUUCGGAUGAGGAGGCGCUGGCGGGGCUGCGAGCGGACGUGGCGCCGCUCAUCAAGGCGGUGGUCGCCACCAACCGCUUUGAACGCGACAUGGCGGCCAUGUUUGGGGGCGGAGCGUCGGCCGGGCGGGGCGGCGGGGAGGAUCUGGAUGACGACGCAAAGGGCAGCGAUUCGGUGAGCGCCAGUGAGGCGCGGCGGCGGCUGGAAAAGUUUCGUGCGCGCGUCAAGGCAGAGCAGCAGGCGCAGGCAGCGGCUAGGGAGGCGGUUGCCAAGGCCGGGGAUCGCACGCGGGAGGCGCAGGACGAGGCGAUUAAAUUCGCUUUUGAGGGGGCGGUUUCGGAGGCGUUCGAGGGCGCCCUGGUUGAGUUCUACAUUGGGCAGGAGGAGCGGGAGCAUCUGGAGCACCUGGACCUUGUGGUGCGGGAGGAGGCGGAGCGGAGGUGGCUGCCGGAUGAGGAGGAGGGCGACGUCACAGGAAGCGGUCUCAAGGUGCUGCAGAGCGCCAACAAAAUCUUCUUCAAGAUCCGCUCAUCGCUGACACGCUGCGCCAAGAACGUCAGCCGCGGCCCCACGCUGGUUGCUCUGGCGCAGCUCUUCAAGCGGGUGCUGGGAGGGUAUGCAUCCGACCUCAUGCGGCGGCUGCCGCGUACGGCGGCGGGCACCACCACCGCAACGCCGGCGGCGGUGGGCGGACCAGUGGAAUGGUACCUGCGGUUGAGCGAGGAGGAGGAGCGGGUGGUGUGCUGCCUGCUGGCCACGGCGGAGUUCUGCCGCGAGACGGUGGAGGGGCUGGCGGGGGCGUUGGCCAAGGACGUAAAGCCGCAGCUGGCGGACCGGGUAACCUUGGCAGACGAGGAAUCGGCCUUUGUAGGAUUGGCCAGCGCCUGCAUGAACGUGUUGGUGCUGGGCAUCAACACUCGGCUGGACGGGCCGCUGCUUGAGAUGCAGCGCAUGCGCUGGGACGCGAUAGAGGCGCCCGGGGACGACUCAGCCUUCGUAAACAGCAUGCGAAAGGUCCUACUUGACUGUGGUCCCCGGCUGGGUGCAGCACUGGACGCGGCCAACUUGUGCUUCUUCUGCGACAAGAUGGCUCGCAUGUUCGUGCCGCGGCUGCAUGACGCGCUUUUUCGGCUGCGGCGGGUGGGCGAUAAGGGCAUGCUGCAGCUGGCGGUCGACAUGGACACGGUCCGGCGCACGUUGCUGGACUUCCCCAAGGUGGCUCGCUCGGGUGGGCACCACGGACACGAAGAACAGGAAAUGCCCGCCUACAGCGCCUACAUUGAGCGCGAGAUGGGCUUCGUGGUGGCGCUGGUUAAGGUGCUGCAGUCGCGGCCCGAGCAGCUCGUGGAAACGUACAUGCUCCUCAUGCCGGCGGCGGCGCAGUCGCCGGCGGAGUUCCAACGGCUCUGCGAGCUAAAGGGAGUCCCUCGCAAGCAGCAGUCCGACCUCGUGCUCCUCUUCCAACAGCGAGCAGCCCAGGCGGGUGGCCGGGCAGCAGGAGCAGGACCCACGGGUCUAUCGGGAGCCGCAGGGGCCUGCGGGGACGCACCCGCUGCUCCGAUCGGCGCAGCUGCAGCCGGCUGCGAGCCGGGCCUGGCGACGGCGGCCGCGUCCAAUUUGGGGACUUUCAAGUUGUCCAUGAAUAACUUUACGCGAGAUCUUGCUGCAUCCAUUCCGUUUGCUGGCAGAAGGACAGGGCAAGAAGGGCUAGCGAUGGGCUCGCCGGCAGGACCACCACUGAGCAAGUCUUCGUCGCUUUUCCACAACCGGACCGGCGGCUCAGAUACCUCCGUGGGGUCGGGUACAGCAGCUGCGGGCGCAUUCUUCAAGGAAACAGCAGCUAAAACGAAGGAGGGCUUUGCCAAGAUCGGCAACUUCUUCGCUUCUGCGGCAGAUGGGUCACAGAGAGCGACUGAGUAGCCAGGAUGAGGAGGACUGAUGGGAGGUCGUUAGCGGCUGGGCUUAAUGGGUACUGCUGCAAAUACACGAGGCCGAUGGCAGCGACGUUGACUUAGCUACGAACUCGUGUGGCCGUGUUGUAAUGGAGGCGAAUUGGAGGUCGGCGUUAAGGUUGAUGUGGUUCUUAAAGUGGCAGUGCGAGUUGAUGAUGCAACAGUACAAUCCAAUGGGAGUUGCCUGUUUUACCCUACUCCCCCGCUUGAGCAACGUCCAGAGAUUACAGUUACAGUCUGUACGCGUGUACAGUGUCCGUACAAGCCAGGGGGGCCAAGGACAUUAUAAGAACCUAAGUUAGUCUGAGUCAGGGUCCGGCCUCCGUUUAGGGGCUCUGGGCAGGUGGUUUCUGACAGACAUGCGGGUCUCCUGUACACGGCUCAGGUAGCUAGCCAGAGCCUUGGGAGGGGCAAAGGCCAUGACCUCCCUCAUGGACCUACUGCUAAAUAAGGAUUCCGGCCCAAGCCAGGAAGCUGAAUGGUUAGGGAAAGCCCCUCCUUCCAGACGAAGGGUUGCCCUUACUCCUUUAGCUAGGACCGCCCUCUCCUCACCGAUUGCCAUGCGCUCGCAUGGUCAUCUGCUAUCUGGCGUGAAAAGCCUUCCCUGACCGCGGCGCAGACGGUGCUCCAUGGCUCCCAUUGCAAACCAGGCGAACACCAUGGCGCUUGAGGCAAUCGACGGUGGCAAUGUCAAUGCUCUUUUUUAAGCUUGGCGCGUGCUGCGAAGGCCACGAACUUACAGAUGACCUAGCUGUAGCUGUCGCAGUUGGCUGAUGAUCGCCCGCUGACGACACUGAGGAAGCUCAAUGAGACAUAAUUUUAUUAAGCGUAGCCAGAGAACCAUUAAAGCGGAAAGAGCGAGAUAAGGCAGCGCAGCCUUGCAUAAAUGAGUGCAUGUUGUCCGGCAGUCCGGCAUAUUGCAGAAAGUU